AUGUGUCAACCAGCAAAUAAUAAAGAGAAAUCAGAUAAAAAAGAAGCAGUUUAUGGAGUAUUACCUUAUAUGGCACCAGAAGUUUUACAUGGAUAUCAAUAUACAAAAGCAGCUGAUAUUUAUUCAUUUGGAAUAAUUAUGAAUGAGUACCUUUCUGAAGAAAUUCCUUUUAAUGAUAUUCCUCAUGAUCAUAUUUUAGCUGUUAAAAUAUGUAAAGGACUUAGACCAAAAAUUUCUGAACAUAUUCCAAAAUUCCUUGUAGAUUUAAUUAUGAAAUGUUGGGAUGCUAAAGCAGAAAAUAGACCAUCUGCUAAAGAAUUAUAUCAAAUAUUAAAAAUAUGGGAGGAAACAGAAUUCGAUGAUGAUGAAAUUUAUUCUCAAAUGAUUAAUUAUGAAAAAAUUAGGGAAAUAAAAUUUAAAAACAGAUCAAAUGAAAAUAAGUCUGAAAGUAUUAAAACUCAUCCUCAGGCGAUCUAUACAAGUAGACUUUUAAAUUUCAAAAAUCUUCCAGAACCAGUAAAUUCAUCAGAUCUAUCAUCAUUUCAAGUUAUUUCAGUUUCAGAAUGUUUUGACGUUCAAUUUAGCGAAUCAGAUCUCAAUGAAAUUAAUCAAGAUAAUUUGAAUGAUGAGUCUUAA